GUCUGGCCCACCGGAGCAGGCUGCGGCCAUGCUGCCCAGCCUGCCGGAACAGCUCCAGCCAAGUCAGAGGCAUCCUCCUUAGCCCACACACCAACAUAGCAUCCCUCCUCUCAUCUAUAGAAAAUAAUGCUGCUGAAUAGUUCCUAAGUGCUCUCAAGCAACAAAAGACAGACAUAUUUGCAUACUCACAGCAAGGUAUUUGCAAAGGGGAUAUCUCCAAACUCCUCCAUCCACAGCAAAACCAGAGUAAGAAGAAAACUCUACAAGACCAUGCUGCAAAAGAGCCCGUGGAAGAUACAGAUCCAAGCACUUUUCCAUUAGAAAUGAGAGAAAAGUAUCCUGUCCAAGAUACACGGCUACCUAAAGAUGAGGAGUACCUAACAGAUAAAGUUACAUUGGAAAUAGCAUCUAUUAACAUCAGAAGUCUUACAUCAGAUUCUGGCCUAAUACAACAGCCAGAAGAGAAUGAUAGUCAAAACAAUACUGGAGAAUCACUUUCAGAUAUGAGGAGCUCCUGCAAAGAAAAUGGCACCUGCUCAUUAUGUUUGUGUCGUGCUCCAACUAUCAGCGAUUUGCUCAAUGAUGAGGACUUGUUGUAUACAAUGAGGAUAAAGUUGGAUCCAUGUCACCCUACAGUAAAAAACUGGAGAAAUUUUGCAAGCAAAUGGGGAAUGACCUAUGAUGAAUUGUGUUUUCUGGAACAGAAACAACAAAGCCCUACGUUGGAAUUUUUGUUGCGGAACAGUGACAGGACUGUGGAACAAUUGAUUGAUCUGUGUAAAUUAUAUCAAAGAAUUGAUGUUGUGAAAGUGCUGCUGAAGUGGGUGGAGGAAGAAUGGCCAAAGAGAGGGAAUGGAACCUAUCAGAAUCACUUCUAGGUCAAAGAAAAUUGUUAGCUUGAAAAAUUUACUUGUCUAACUACCACUAGUGAGAGGGAACCUUUCCUUGUCCGUGAAAGGGCACAUACCAUCAGUUUAUGCAGAAUGCAAGCUUUUAUUAUAUAUAUCAAACAAAGAUGACCUUCCAAAUGUGAACAGGAUAUCACUAAUACAGAGUUGUCUUCCUGAGUCUACAAACAUUGUAAGUCUUUUCCACUGCUCAUAGAUUUCCCAAGCAGGAGCAGAGUGAAAAUGACACAGCAUUGAGCAAUAUGACCCUUGAAAUUUAGAACCUUGGAAGGAGUGAAACUGACAAGAAUGUCAGUUUCCCACUGCUGUUGAUUUGUAAAGUUAUGAUCAGCAGCCAAGAGUCUUGAACCAUUGCCCCUACCUCACUGGUAACCCUGCCCCUAUCUUUCAUAUCAGCUUCUACUUAGUAGGUGUCUGGUAAUAUUUCAAGGCCUAACAGGAGGAAUAAAAGGAUCGGUUAAAGAAGUGUUUAAUAUUUUUGGUAUAGGAACACCUCAUGUGUUUCCAACAUCACUUUGCAUUUGCAUUAUUGGAUUAUUUUAAUGUUUGAAUACCCCAUUUUGCAAAAAUUUCAUUUGGAUACUCUCAUUAAAAAAAAAAGACAUUAAAUGAAACUGUUGUGUAAUUCUACUACAUUAGAAUUAUAUAUUGAUUAUGGAAGAAAUCACAUUGAAUUGAGAGAGAAUUUCCAAGGCCCACAAGAGUUGGGGACAAAAAAGCAAUUAAGAAAAUGCUUUAUAUUAAAAAUGAGUUCUAAGAGUUUUGAAGAAAACAUUCAGUUGCAGGACUCUUAUCUGUUUUUCUCAAUGCUUCUUGUUUUGAGGUGGGGAGACAGCUGUAGCCUCACCCACAGCGUCCUCAGUACAGUACUCACUAGGAUUUUCCUGUUCAAAGAUUGUGGUUUUCUAGAAGAGAUCACAAAACAGUCCUGUGGGCUGACCCAUUUUACACUUUACUUAGAGACCAUUUCCUGGCUGCAAAACAACACAUGUACCACUUAAGCCAUCAUAAUGGCUUAAGGGAGUGAGUGUGGAUAGCUACUGGAGAGUUUAAGAGGUUUAAGACUUAUCAGUUGUCCCAGGGAUUUGGUCUUGUUGCUACUUUGCAUUUAAAUGGUUAAAUUUAAAAUGUAUUUUAGAAAGGAUUAACAAUAAUUGAUAUUGCUCUUUCCCCUACAAUUCUUACAAUAUAUGUUCUGAUAUUCUAAAGCCAGUUUGAAAAAAAUCAGUUUUAGACAUUCUUUUAUGUUAACUAAAGCAUCUUGAGUUAGUACACUGUCCACCAUUAUUUUGCUAUAUAUACACCAAUGUACCAAAACACAGGCAAAAUCUAGGAUGGGUUUAUGGCUCAUGUACUGUUUAGUUUCAUAAAUUGGAAUGAUCACUAAACUUCUGCAGAAAAGAGGAGUGAAGCAAAAAGAGGGAUUGUGCGUUGAGAUCUCUACUUCAGGACAACAUAAGGCCUAAUGCAUAUUAUACUGUGUAUAUUUUAUAUCAGUGGGGGUGGUUACUGAGCAGCUAGAGGUAAAGGCCAUCAUUUUCAAACCUCGGGGCCAGAUUUGCAGGCAGCAUAAAUCAGUGUUGUUGUACUGACUUCAAUAAAGAUGAGAAUAAAGUGACCUGAUUUCAGAGUCUGAGUAGGAAGGGUCAAAUUUUCCAUAAAAACUGUUUUUUGGAUGGCAAAUUAGAUUAUUGACUAAAUUAAUUUUCAUGAAAAGUAUCUGCUUUCUGCAAGAAAACAGUAAUUUUUUUUUCAUUCAAAAACUGAAUGUUCCAAAAGUGAGAAGUUUUUAGCAGAAAACCAUAUUUUUUUGAAUGUGAAAUGCUGCUGUGGAACGUCAUGGGAGUUGUAGUUCAAGCACCUCCUGCUCCUCUUCACGCCGAGCUCCUCAGCCAGGCUUAAUCUCCCAUGACGCUCUACACUAGCAUUUCUCAAACUCGGGUUCAUGGAUCCCUGGGGAUGCCCAAGGGCACUCCAGGGGGUCUGUGGGCCCCGCUGAUCAACUUCUCCUUCUCCCCAGCUGUUC